AUGGCGAAAGCUUCCCAUACAUUGCAAAAAGGUGCUGUCGUCCAGCACACCGCCAAAGCCCAUAACCUGAAAGGUCAACUGCCUGAAGAGAGCAUGGAAUCUUCGGCAACAACCAUUCGUUUCGUCACGCUGAACUGCCGAACACUAUCGAGUGAACUCCAACAAGCCGCUCUAUCCAGACUUCUGCGAUAUCUCUGUGUGCCUUUUGCUGCACUGCAGGAAACACGCAUGAGAGAUCGGCCCGUCAUCAGCAUCGAAAAUUACACCAUAUACUGCGGUGAUGCUGAUGAGAACAAAGUAGGUGGCUGCGCGAUAGCUGUGAGGAACGAUUACAAGAACCUGGUGGAGGAAUUUGGCUCAACGUCGUCUAGAUGCGCCUUUCUACGACUGCGGGAUCGCAGAGGACGUAAACUCUGGAUCGUAAGUGCUCACGCACCUACGGAAACCGCUGAGGACAACAGUAAGGACGCCUUCUAUGAUGAACUCAAUGCGUUGAUGUCUAAAAUACCAAGCCAGCAGGUGGUCAUUGUCGGAAUCGACGCAAAUGCGAAGAUGGGACUCGAACAGCAAUCCGAUGUGCUAGGAAAAUGGUACUAUGCAGCGGAGCGCACGUCGGACAACGGUGGCCGUCUGGUCAACUUGUGCGAACAGACGGGCCUCACCGUCUCUUCCACGUUUAAGAGGAAUCAUCGACGCCAUCAGCUCACGUGGCAGGGGUCAACCCUUUUAACGCCUGAAGAGCAGCGCAAGCGGAAGAUGAGGACUCUUAAACUUCAGCUCGACUACGUUCUGGCGAGGAACAUUCCUCAGUCAGAUAUCCGUAAUCUGGAGCUGUUUGGGACGUCGCGUUCGACUCUGACCACCGUCCAGUUCUUCUCAGCUUCAAAAUACGGUCUGAAAGACGAUGAGUACAGAACGAAAUUCCGCCAACGUGUGUCUAUUCAUGUUGGAGUACGGACCAGGAAGAAGCUUAGCGAUGCGGAAUCCUUCACAAAGUGCAUCCAGGACGCUGCAAGUGAAACGCUCCCGGUUCUAUUGCCGCGGAAGAAGUUUGCCUUUGCAUCUGCGGAAACAAAAUCCACAUACAAUUCUGUAUGUGUCGCGCGCAGCGCUGGUGACUUCAACCAGGAAAAGCGUCUUAGAAGGAAGCUGCGUCGUCAACUGCAACAAGACCGCGACAGGUUAUGGGCUUUGGCGAUUUGCGACGGACGACGGCUCCUUUUUGCAAUGGAUCUGCGGAAACAAGAUCCACGUACAAUUCUGUGCGUGUCAAGUUAUGAUUCCAACCAAGAAAAGCGUCUGAGAGGGAAGUUGCAUCGUCAACUGCAGCAAGACCGCAAUAACGAGUGGACGUCAAGAGCGAUGGAGUUUGAGAAGGCGUGGGAGGACAGGAACCCGUGGAAAGUCUAUGCUCUACUAAAACAGUAUAGCGGCAAAAUGAAAAGAUGUUCCCCUGUCCUCAACACUGCCAGUGGGGUAGCUGUCGGUGAAGCAACCCCUCCAAUUUGGAAGGAACACUUCAAGACCUUGCUGAACCGGCUAGCAACGUCAGCUCCUGAACUCGAACACGUUCAUAGAUCGACAUAUGCGGUUAACGAGGAGCCACCGACCGAGUCGGAGGUCCUGGUCUGUAUACAGAAAAUCAAGAAUGGAAAAUCUGGUGGAGACGAUAGGAUUAGCGCAGAAAUGCUAAAAUAUCUUCCUCCGUCUGGGAUUCGUAAGAUGACAAAGAUCAUCCGUUCAAUAUGGAUAAACGAGAGAAUACCUGAUUCGUGGAGACACGCUAUCAUAAUUCCCCUCCACAAGAAGUUAUCCGUCACGGACCCCAGGAAUUAUCGAGCAAUCUCUUUGCCGCGUGUUAUGUACAAGGUACUGGAGCGCAUUAUCCUGGACCGACUCAUUAAACAUCGCGAAGAAAAGACCGACUCAUUAAACAUCGCGCGACGAGCAAGCUGGCUUUUGUCCUGGCCGAUCUACGAUUGA